GACAUUCAAGGGCUGGGAGGUGAAUAAAGACCUCAGCCAGGAAAACCUCUUCUGCUCUGCUUUAUCGCCCCACCUGAGUGGCCGGCUGCUCCUUUGCCUCGGCACGACCCAGCACAAUGGCGCCCAAGAAGCCGGAGCCCAAGAAAGCCGAGCCCAAGAAAGAAGAGCCCAAGGCAGCCCCCAAGCCGGCCCCUCCGCCUGAGCCAGAGGUCCACAAGGAAGUUGAGUUUAACCCGGCUAACAUCAAACUUGAAUUCAAUAAUGAACAGAUUGAAGAAUUUAAGGAAGUCUUCGAGCUCUUUGACAGAACUCCGAAGGGGGAAGUGAAAAUCAUGUACUCGCAGUGUGGAGAUGUCUUGAGGGCUUGCGGGCAGAAUCCCACCCAGGCAGAAGUUCUCAAGGUCCUCGGACGGCCCAAACCAGACGAAAUGGCUACCAAGAUGCUGGACUUUGACACCUUUCUGCCUAUGCUCCAGCACGUUGCGAAGACCAAAGAUGUCGGUACCUUUGAGGAUUUUGUGGAAGGUCUACGAGUUUUUGACAAGGAAGGAAAUGGCACUGUCAUGGGGGCUGAACUCCGCCAUGUGUUGGCAACUCUUGGAGAAAGACUGACUGAGGAGGAGGUUGAUAAGCUAAUGUCUGGCCAGGAAGAUUCUAAUGGUUGCAUCAAUUAUGAAGCAUUUGUGAAGUAUAUUAUGGCAAGCUGAAUACCGGGAUAUGUCAACAGGAACUGGGCGCUGACCUUGGAUUUAAACAGAAUCAAUGGAAUUUAUCUGCUAUUUCCAGUUGGAAUUGAUGCUCAAAUUUCCUGAAAUGUAUUGUGUUUGUUUCUGUCAUUCUCGAAUGGGUAUUUUUUUAACUCCAUCUUGCCUCCUCUCAACCGAAUCCCUGUGCCUUCUGCCCUGUUGUUUUCUCUGCUUGGAAUCGCUGCCUCUACUACUUCUCUUGCAUCAACCUACCCUCUACCUUACCUCCAUCUCUAUUACCACCUGACGGCUCUUCAUCCUCCUCCUUCAUCUGGAAAUCUUCCCAAUCUAUUCUGUCUUCUCUCCAGCUCUUCCCCUAAACUGAGGACUAAGUCCCACUGAGCUGGAAUGCUGUGAUGCAAAACAUGGCUGGCAUUUAAUCAGCUUGGAAUCCUAACAGUUAUCUACUACUUGUUCUAACAGAAUAGUAGUUUACUACUAUUUGUAAUUUCGUAGUAGCUAACUACUAGUUGUUGUCACUAUUAGCUAUUUUCAGAGACACACCCUCACAUGAUAUACAAGUAUGAACAUGUUGUUCUCCUGUGUGCAUCCCAGAGCAAUUCUUGCUUGCUGUUGUGUCAAAGAUAAGUGAUUCACAACAUUUGUAUUAAGAUGUACUCUCUUAUCCCUUAAAGAGUGUUAACUUCAGACAUAUGGGGGCUCCCAGGCAAGGCAUCCCUCCAUGGACCCCUAAACAUGCAAAAUGUGAGAUGCAAAAAUAUCCUUUUAGACUUAUUGGGUCAGUGGGCCCUUGGGGGUGCUGGCAUUUGCCCAACUGUGCCACUCUCUAGAACCAGCCAGGUCCUCGAAUUGGAAGUAACAGGAAAAUCAAAGGUCCUGGAACAGUUUUCUUGGUGGAAAGAGUAGAAGAAAUUGAGAAAAGGAAGUCCUCAUCACGUAUCAGUUUCUCCUUGUCUCCCUGGGAAACGAGGGGAUGGAAAAAGAGACAGUGACGCCAUCUGUCUACCUGGAUGUUGAUAACUAGUAUUUUUCACUUUUGCCAGGUGCCCCCUACCCCCAAUACUGUUGUGCUGUUCCAACCUUUCUGUGUCUGUCCCUACACAUAACAGCCAAAGCCAGUGAAGGCAGCAUCUCUGCCCCAGCCCAGCCCUUUCCCACCCAUAACGCUUACUAAUGUAAAACACAUGCCAUGUCAUCACGACACUGUGACACUCAAGCGCCCCGUCAUUGGCUGCCACCAGCGGGGGUGGGGUGGGGGAACUUGCAAUGCAAUGACAUCACAUCCUGCACUUUGCCUUGCUAAGUAUGGAAGAGGAGGAGACGCCCAGUGGCUGCUUCCAGCUCGUUCCAGACGUUGACACUGGUUUUUUGCUGUGCUGUUCCAAUACUACCCUUGGUACAACUCCUCUGAUGGUGGCCAAGCAAUUCUUUAGAGUGAGAUAGAAAGAUGUCCAGGAAACAACAACAACAACAACAACCCAGAGAAUCAGGCAGAAGGGUGUCAUUAUAUUUCCUGCCCAGACAAAAUGAUUCCUCCAUGACGACUCCAUAUUUAUUGUAGAGUUUCUCAUUAAACCAAUCCUUUUUCUCAA